CCUAACCUUAACAUCACAUUCACAUGUGAGUUAACCUCGAAUUUCAAAGUGACACUGUCAAAAAGUGUUUUCGUAUUUUAAAUCUUCACAACAUUUCAAACAGUAAAAUUAUUUUAUUAAUGUUAUAAAAGUUAUAUAAUAUAUUAAAAAAAACUAACGCAUAAAAAACAGUACUUAUAUUUUCCAAGACUCGACUAAAUUUGAGAAAAAUGACAACUAAAGUGAAUAGUGAAAAUAUAAAAGCGAUUGGCAAUAUCUUAGUUGAUGAAUCAAGGCCUCUCAAAGAAAGAUUUCGAGCAUUAUUCACUUUAAAAAAUAUUGGUGGCGUCGAAGCAAUAGCAUGUAUAAAAGAUGGAUUUAAAGAUCCAUCUGCUUUAUUGAAACAUGAGCUCGCGUAUUGUUUAGGGCAAAUGCAAGAUUCCAAUGCGAAUCCAGUGCUGAUUGAAGUACUUAAAGACAUUAAUCAAGAACCAAUGGUUAGACAUGAAGCAGGUGAAGCAUUAGGUGCAAUUGGUGAUGAAAGUGUUAUUCCAUUAUUAGAAGAAUACAGUAGAGAUCCAGUUAUUGAAGUAGCAGAAACGUGUCAACUGGCCUUAGAACGAAUUAGAUGGUUGAAAUCUGGGAACUCAACUGAAAAUUUAUCUCAAAAUCCUUACGCCUCAGUAGAUCCUGCUCCACCUCAUGUAAAUGAUAAUGUGGAGAAUUUAAAAAAGAUCCUAUUAGAUGAAAAUCAGUCUCUGUUCCAACGAUACCGAGCAAUGUUUUCCUUAAGAAAUUUAAACACUGAGCAAAGUGUUUUAACUUUGGCAGAAGGUUUAAAAGCCAAAAGUGCAUUAUUUCGACAUGAAAUUGCUUUCGUUUUGGGUCAACUCCAAAAAGAGAUAACAAUACCAUACUUACGAGCAUCAUUAGAAGAUCCAACGGAAAAUGAAAUGGUCCGACACGAGUGUGCUGAAGCCUUAGGAUCAAUCGCUCAUCCUGACUGUCAACAAAUUCUGAAUGAUUAUUUAAUUGAUGAUAAACGAGUGGUUCGAGAGAGCUGUAUAAUUGCUCUUGAUAUGUGUGAAUAUGAAAAUAGUACAGAGUUUCAGUAUGCUGAUGCUUUAAGUAAAAUUCCUGUUUGUUGAAUACUUAUUAUCGUAUAAACGAAAAAUAUGAUAAUUUUAUAAAUAAAAAUGAUAUUUAUGAAUUAAA